AUGGCCGCCUCCCCCCGCGUGCUGCGCAUCGCCUCCUCCCGCGCCCCCGCCGCGCCGUCCUUCCUCCUCCUCCGGCGCUGCUACUCUUCCUCCUCCUCGACGGAGCCGCUCAUCCGCGUCACCAACCUCCCCGCCGCCGGCUCCGGCCACAUCCGCGUCCUCGAGCUCAACCGCCCCUCGGCCCGCAACGCCAUCUCCAAGGCCCUGCUCGCCUCCCUGCGCGCAGAGGUCGACGACGUCCACGCCCAGUACGACGCCGCCUCGGGGAAUGAGCUCGCCGGGAAGCACAGCGCCGGCGCGCAGCUCGGCCCUACCCGCGCCAUGGUCCUCGCCAGCGCGGUAGAUACCUGCUUCUGUGCGGGCGCGGAUCUCAAGGAGCGCCGGGGCUUUACACCGCAAGAGACCGCCGAGUUCCUCACCAACCUCAACGCGACCUUCACCUCGCUCGCCGACCUCCCCAUCCCCACCAUCUCCGCCAUCUCCUCCCUCGCCCUCGGCGGCGGCCUCGAGCUCGCCCUCUCCACGCACUUCCGCGUCCUCACCUCCAACGCCACCGUCGGCCUCCCCGAGACGCGCCUCGGCAUCCUCCCCGGCGCCGGCGGCACCUACCGCCUGCCCGCCCUCGUGGGCCUCUCCCGCGCCCGCGACCUCGUCCUCACCGGCCGCCGCGUCGCCGCCCCCGAGGCCUACUUCCUCGGCAUCGCGGACCGCCUCGUCGAGGUUGUCCCCGAGGACGAGCGUGACGGCGCAGGUGCAGCAGAGAAUAUCCUCCAGGUCGCGCGCAAGGCCGCUCUGUCCGAGGGCGUGCGCCUCGCGCAGGAGAUUUGCGAGGGCGGGCCCGUGGCCAUCAGGGCGGCGCUGCAGGCUGUUGCGUGGGCCCGGCCCGAGAAGGAGGCCGAGAUGUACCAGCGCGUCGUCAACACCGAGGACAGGAACGAGGCCCUCAAGGCGUUCCAGGAGAAGCGCAAGCCCGUCUUCAAGGGCAGGUAG